AUGAUACCGGUGAGUCUUGUCACACCUCAGUCUGUGGGUUCAGUUGAGCAGAUUGGUGAACAUUCCUCGUCUCUGUCUCUACAAAAUAUUCCUGUUCAGCAAGAUUCCGUUUCUUACUUAAACUCUCACGCUACUGUACAUAUGCAUGAUGGCCAGAAUGAGUCUAGUAGUAUUUACCUUACAGAUCAAGAGUUACGUCUAGAUUCAUUCUUUCCUAACUCUCCAGUGGGCAUCACUAGAGAUCCCCAUUGUGACGAUAAUGGUGAAGAACAAAAUCGUAUAUCCAGUUUUGAACUAAUUAGCCGCUUAAUCGAUGCUGAGGGCCUAAUUGAGUUGGGUUACAUACCGUCAAGUUGUAAUUCAGCUCCAGCGAUUGAUGUAGCCAGUUUAUCAGAUCUGGAAGAAGUGACGUCAAAAACAUUGUUGUGGUCUUCAAAUGGUGAUGAUGUCGAUUCUUUCAAUUUCGAUGACCUGAGUAAUAAAAUCAAUGAGAGUAACGCCAACAAUGCUGAUACUAAAUUAAGAAGUGAUAACAGCAAGACUUCGGAGCAUCGGUCAGCUUUAACGACUGAAUAUAUAUCUGUUGAUUUCAAUCCGUUAAACAGUACUAACGCUUUAGUACCGAUUAUCUCAUUGCCAUCUGAUACAAACUUACAAACUGUGCCGUCGCUUGAAUCAAGAGAAUAUGGGAAUUUCCAAGCACGCUAUAAAACAAAUACUCCUUUAGAUAAUGUUCAAUCACUGCCUUCUAAUACAGUACCUGAUGAUCUUGGCCCACUUAACAUUACUUCUUAUCCAAUGGGAUUAGUUGGGGCAGAUAUACCUUCAAUAACACGGCCAUCUGUCCAUCAAUCUCCUACUGAUCAUCAUGCACCUCAUCCAACAAUAAAACCUAAUCAUAUACCUUACUCUUACUCUCCAUUAACUCCAUUGUCUAGUGUACAAAUUCGCAGAAGUAUACAUGAAAGUAGUUUUGUAAUUGAUAAUCAGGUUUGUCCAAUUGAUAACAUUUGUAAUCAGCAAUUACGGACUGUCUCUUUCGUUAAAAAUAAGUAUUCAUCAGAUUAUCAAGAAUAUACAGGUGCUCCUAAAUGCUUUCCUACAGUUCAAACUCUAGAGUUAUUCACUUCACAUUCAUCUGACUUACCCCAUAGCUCACCAUAUCCUUUGAAGAAUGUUGGGAAAUCACCUAAGCAUAUGUCAAAUGACACAAAACCCAUCAGAUAUCCUGAACUUCUCCAAAAAGUUGGCGAAAAUUGUAAUUUUAACAUUCCUGGUCCCAAUCUACCGUUCGUUUCUCAUUCUACAUAUUCCAGUCGAACUCAGCCUUCAUCUUGUUCGAUUAGACAACAGUUUGCAACUGCUCCGAGUCAUGCACAACUUCACGUAAGCAUACCUCAGUCUACUCAGUCUAUAUAUUCUGUGUUCUCAUGUUCACCAAAUCAAAAGGUCGCUGUAUCUAGUACAGUUAAUUUGCCAUCUAGUGAUUCCGCUCCAACUACAUUGAUAUUCAAUGGAGAUUUCCGACCACAGCCUGUUAUAAACAGUACUGAUAAUUCAUUUUGGUCCCAUUCCUCAAUCCCCAGUGGAUCAACAGUCAAUACUCAAAUGAUUGCAAAUUGGGAACAUUCAGUACCAUAUCCUGCCUAUGUACCCAAUUCUCAGAUAACUGGUUUUCUUCCCGAGAAUAUUUCAGUUACUGAUAAAGCAGCGAUUUAUGUUAAAGAUGGAAAUUCAACAGCGGUACAACCAGUUCUCGGAGGUGGAUUGGUUGGCAGUUUCCAGUAUUUGACACCAACUGCUGUUCUUUCAAAACCCAAUUACACCAUUCUAAACGAUCAGUUAACAUUUAACCAUCCACAAGAAACACCAAUCCAACCAUUUCUAUCACAGAUGAGUGACCCCAUAAAAACAACACAAAAUCUUAGGAUCCCAUUUUGUCAGGGCACACAAUACCCCUUAACCCCAAGCAUAUCUAUUGCUAUUAAUCCUGAGCACUCGUUUGGUCGAUUAGAAAUGAAUACUCAUCGUUAUUCUUCUGAAUCGUCUAAAACAAAUCCAGCCCCGACUUCUAAAUUGUCAUCGUCACGACCAUUUAGUUCUCCCAUGAGUCGUAAUUCUGCUCCUUUUCAAUCGAAUUAUCAGAAUCGUAUGAAUUUUCCUGAAACAGCUGGUCAUCAAUCUGAAAGUUCUAUUGUUGUAUCUCAAUUGUCUACUAAGAAAUUAACUACACCGGUUUUGUGUUGUAUAUCAUCCAAUCCAAAUAAUAUCCCAAUAAUAAGUCAACAGUCGCCCAAUGAUAAUAAUAAUGUUGUGUUCAAAACAGAUAAUACAAAGCAACAUAUUAUUGAUAAAAAUAUUCUAUUAACUAAAACUACUACUGGUAUUGUUCAACCAUCAGAAUUGUGUCAUAUUCAACCGAUUUUAAUUUCAUCUCCGGUUAAAAAUAAUAAUAGUAAUACACAUAAUUUAGGUACUAGUUCUUAUAUUGAUUCAAAUUGUUUAUCAAAUCAAUCAAAUAAUGAUAAAUCACACUCAGUAAUAUCAUCCUCUCCAUUAUUAACAAAUUGUAAUUCACCAUCAACAACAUUACAAUCAUCUACCAUAUGUUGUUUGUUACGGCCAUCGGGACGUUCAACCAGUACAAGUAGUGGAAGUAGUUGUGGUAGUUCCUGUAGUGGUACUAGUGGUGGUGUGUCUGUUUCAUCUGGGCAGUAUAUUUGUUCAAUAUGUUCCGAUCGUGCAAGUGGAAAACAUUAUGGUGUCUUUUCGUGUGAAGGGUGUAAAGGAUUUUUCAAACGGACUGUACGUAAGGAACUCACUUAUAUUUGUCGAGAUAAUCAAGAAUGUCAGAUUGAUAAGCGACUACGUAAUCGUUGCCAAUAUUGCCGUUAUCAAAAAUGUUUACGGGCGGGAAUGCGACGAGAAGCCGUUCAAGAAGAACGCCAACAACAACAACUCCAGUCUGAAAUCCAAAGAUCACCAACGCCACCUGAGCAAAAUUGUGACUUAUCAGUUAACUCGAUGAUUAUGUCCGAUACAAAAAUAACUCAUACAUUGAAUCAUUCAUGUUUAGUUGAAAACCAAGAAGUAAUGUUAAAAACAACUAAUUGUACAUUAUCAUCAUCAUCAUCUAGUCCUCACAUUCUUUCGAAAUGCUCAGAUAGUAGUAUAAAUUAUUUCUAUUCAGCAUCGAACGAAAAAUCUCAACAACUUUCAAUAAAUAAUAAUUUUAAUCUCACUGUCAAUGACGCUGCAACACAUCCAUCUCAAGAGUUAUCUUUAAUCGUUAAUAAAGAUAGCAACAACGUAACAUUACCUCUAAUAGACAUUCAUGCAUUGAAACUCCCAACAACAACACCCGCAGCCAUUCCACCGCCACCUGAUGCCUUAGAAUUUAUCAGGACGGCUGAAUCGACUAUUUCAAGUAGACGUAAACAAUGGUUGAGUGCUUUCAAUAAACAACAAUGUCAUGCAGAGAUUGUUAAGGGUUUUCAGGACAGUAUGGAAAGUUUUAAGUGGUUAGGAAAUAAUUUUGAAAAGUGUACAACUAAUCAUUUACCACUGCUUGAUUUAGUUAUCUGGUCGUCGAAACUUCCAUAUAUUUGUCAACUCUCUUGUGGUGUUCACUUAGACCUCCUCAAAUCAGCGUGCAUGCAAUUGAUCAUAGUGAAUUUAGUUUAUUGGUUAGCAAACGAUCAUAAACCUCGUUCAUUAUCAACAUCAAACUCUGCAUCUAAACUUAAUGAUACUACUAUCACUAUUACUACUACUUCUACCGCUGCUGUUCCUCCCACUAUUAAUACUACUGACAUUCCCAAAAUCACUAACCUUCCCCCUGAAAAUUCAGUUUCAUCAACAAUAUCAGAUAUAUCUAAAGACUGUACAGUACAAAUGAAAAAAAUAGAUAAAUCUGUUCCACUGGAUGAGAAAAUGGAUUAUUAUUAUUAUUUGAAUUUCCCAGAAUUUCAUUUAUUAAAUAAUUUAACAAAACCAAUGGAUAAUAAUAGUAACGAUUCAAUUUCUUCUAAACCAACUAACAUUAAUGACGAUAGUGUAGAUGAUAUGAUUCGAAAAUGUAAUACAAAUGUUUACAAGCUAAUUUAUAAUUUAGCUAUAAAGCUUAGAAUGUUAAACCUGGAUCCAGUGGAACUGGGUUGUUUAAAGUUGAUUUUACUAUUGAAUCCAGAUUCUCUGACUUGUCUCAAUAAUAUUCGUUCAUCCAUUGAAUUGUUACGUGACCAAGUUUACGCUGGCCUGGAAUAUUAUUGUAAUCAAGUUUGGCCAAAUGCUCCACACGGACGAAUGGGACGUUUAUUACUGAAAUUAUCCAAUUUUCAAUCAGUUGCUUCACGUAUUGAAAAGUUAACAUGUUCCAAUGAGUUAAAUCAUCUGUUAAAUAAUUUAGAAUCCAUAUUUUCGUGUUUAUCUGUGAAAAAAGUAGACUCUUCAAAUUCUUUCAGUACUACUAAUACGAUGACGACGACGUCAUCUACAACUACCGGUAGUAGUAAUAGUAUUCAUCUGGAAUUUUCAUAAAAUAAGCCUAUUUAUAUAUAAUAAAAUAAUCAAAUCACCGAGUUUGAACUGAUUGGUCUAUCUAUCUGCCUAUCUACGUUUACAGCUUUUAUUCACGGAAAACUUUCUUCCUAUGAAUUAUGUACAAAAGCAUAAAACAUGUGAAAACGACUGGAUUAGCCUUGUUUAUGAAUUAAUCAUUGUUUGGUUCAUUUUAAUUUCUG